AUUCGCAGAAUACCAGAAAGAAUUCAAAAGAGAUAACUGGCAUAAAACGAUAAAUAUCAAUGCAAAUGAAAUAAAGACUAUGAAUCGGAUACUAACAGGACAUGACUUCUCCAAAUACUGGCUAAAAAUACUUAAAAUAGAAGAAAAUGAUAUAUGCGAUGUUUGCCAAGUACAGGAAACGGGCAAACACCAAAUAUUUCACUGUACAAAAUACAACAAUGAAAGACAGAAAUAUCCCAACAUCCAAGAAGACCUAUUUCGCAAACACUGGAAAAAUAAUGAUGGAAAAAUAAUAAAGGAAAUAAUUAGAUUCAUACAAGACACAAAAAUCUCCCUAUAAUGGAAAAAAACCGCAAGUUUGAACAGCACACAAAAACAUAGAUAACAUGAUCAUAUGAACUUUGAAAGACAAAUCAUAAACACAACAUAGAAAUGUCAAAACCAUCAUCAAGUAAACAACACAAAUACAACGGUACCAACAUUGGAGAGGUAUAUGACUCAGGCAGUCGAAAACCUAAGAGCGGUACGUCUUUGAAUGUGGCUUUAUUAAGCAUAGGCUUUAUAAAACAUAGAAGACUACAUCCUGCUCCACAAAAUAAGAAGAAGAAGAAGAACCGAAAAAUACACUGCACUACUCUCGGUAAAACUCAAUUUACAUGGCACUGAAAUUAGUCAAGCACGCUCCAACGGUAUGGAACUAUUUAAACGGUGUGGUGAAUCUGUACAAACCCGCCGGAGUAACGGUGCAGCAAGUUCGGAACACAAUCAUUCACAACUUAUGCCGAGAUUUAAACCAACUCGAAGUGAGACCUUCGCUUCAGCGUGUCGUUAUUGAAAACAAUCUCGAUGCGAAACUGGUUGUUCGAAAGGUGGAAGACCUUUCCGACAACGUGCUGGUAACGGGGCCACGCUACCAACCGGACGAUAUCAAGUGUCGAUUUUGCGCUAAUCAUGGACGCUUCACUAGUGGUGUAAUAGCGCUGGGCAUCAAUAAUGGAACGAACCUUGCCUUCCGACUGCAACAGAACCGUCCGCUGCGGGUGUACCGGGUGACCGGAUUCCUGGGAAAGGCCACGGAGACACACUUUGCCGAUUCGCGAGUAACGGCACGGGCCACCAUCAGUCACAUAGGUUCGGAAAAGAUCGGCCGUUUGCUGGCCGCAAUACAGGCGUCACAUCAGCGCAAAAUGUUCGAGCUGAGCGGUAUCGACAUACAGUCGCAGGCCGCCUACGAGCUAGCGUGCAAAGGCACGAUACGACCGGCGGACAAUCGGCUACCAAUGAUAUACGGCAUACGGCUGGCAGAGUAUCGGAAACCUUUCUUUACCAUCGAAAUUCACGCAAUCAACGAGACGGAAGCGUACCUCGGCGAACUCAUCCACGAGAUUGGCAUCAACCUGAAAUCGUGCGCACAUUGCACCGGUGUACGCUGUAUACGGCACGGCCACUUUCUGCUGGAAGAUUCGCUGCUUAAAAAGGACUGGAACCUGCAAAACAUCCUCAGCGGCAUGGCACACACGAACAAGCUCGUAAAUCAGCAUCCAGACAUGUUGCAGCAAAGUAGCUCAUCCUUGCAAGGAAUGGAAGAGUAGCUCAGACACCGAUCGAUAAGUGGUCGAGAACAAAGUCAGCGCGAACUGUGGGCGUAACACCCACGACAGCACACACUGCACACCAUUUGUGCAACUAGAAAGUUAAUGGUAGCUCAAGGAAAGUGUGAGAACAAGUUUCUUUUACAUGCGUUCAUUGUUUAUGGUCUUCUCUCUCGGUUGUAUGGCCUUAUUGGCUUGCGUCUGGAGCAAGUUGACCAUUGUCACGUGCAAUAAAGGUUGCCGCGUCCAACCCCUGUAACGGCACGCAAAGUUGGCAUUGAGUUGUAAUUUAAACAGUUCGUUCAUGCAUUUGUUACAAGGUUCGCGCAGUUUGCCAUGCCGACAAUGUUUCGCGCGCGCAUUACAUCGAGUUAAAAAUAGAAACUCCGGUGAGAAACAGAAAUAAAGUGCCGGUAAGCGCCCGAGAACGAGCCAACACACCAACCACCCACGCCAUUCACGGAGGACACAUGUCUUGGAGACGAAAAUUCCAUAAAAGCAAUCGGCAGCUCGUAAAUAAACAGCGGAGACACUUUAGAAGGCUGAUUCA